GAGAGUCGAAGUGCCCGUAUUCCAUGAUAUAACUUGUUGGAAAGUGAAAUCUAUGAUAUGUACCCCAGACUUCUAAGCAUCGUUUUUGAGUGAUUAGAUUUGUGAUGCAGUGAUGCCGCUUGAGUCUGGCAAACCUUGGGAUGGUCACUUUGUACCUCUGCCACCACCACCACCACGCAUGCAAACUCCGCGUUCCCGUACGCUACCUAAGUGGCGUCCCCGUUCACGAGGCCCACUGGCGUAGACUUCUUUGGGAUGAUCCUCCGAUACGACCUGUUUACAGAUUCCACUGUGUUGCAGGGUAAUUCAUUGAGGUUUGAAAUUGUAUCCAACUUGUGCUGGACCAAGCCAAUUGAAGCUGCC